GCGGGCGGCCUUCUUUCACAUCAUCGUCGUCACUGUUGACCUGUUUCAUACAAUUCAGCUUCAUUUUUGGUAGUCCAAGGCUUCGCCAACCACUCCAUACAGCACACAUAGCUUCGUCGAGCCGAUCAACCCGCUCAACAUGGCCCUUCCCAAGCGUAUUAUCAAGGAGACCGAGCGUCUUAUGGCCGAGCCCGUUCCUGGAAUCGAAGCCAUUCCCCACGAGGACAACUUGCGCUACUUUGACGUCAAGAUCCACGGCCCCUCGCAAUCUCCAUAUGAAGGCGGAAUCUUCAAGCUCGAGCUGUUCCUGCCCGACGACUACCCCAUGACCCCUCCCAAGAUCCGCUUCCUCACAAAGAUCUACCACCCCAACAUCGACCGUCUUGGCAGAAUCUGUCUGGAUGUCCUGAAGAGCAACUGGUCACCUGCCCUGCAAAUCCGUACCAUUCUGCUCUCCAUCCAAGCUCUGCUCGGUGCACCCAACCCCGACGAUCCUCUCGCCAACGAUGUUGCCCAAAGAUGGAAAGAGGACCAGAACGCUGCUAUCCAGACCGCCAGAGAAUGGACCCAGCAAUACGCCAAGCCUUGAAAGUAGGUUACUGCGAGUCAUGAGGGCUUCCAAAUUUCCGUUUCCUUAGAUGAAUAGCGUUGCAUGGGUUCCUGCCAACAUAGUGUGGCCUUACAAGAGCAUGGGAGGCGUUGGACAGGUGUUUUUCGUUCUAUCCUCAAUUACACCUUGUGUUCUCUUGAUACUUCAUGUCUUUGGCCAAUCACAUCUCUUACAGCGCCCCAACUGCAAUGCUAUCGGAAUGCAAGGUGUUUUUGUAAUCACCAAGUAUGUCAUCGGGAGCAUCUAUCAGACGCUUGUCCAGAGCUCUCCAGAACACUCGUUGGC